UUGAAAUCCAGAAAAGAAUUCUGAAAAAAGAAAAUUCUGGAAAAGAAAUCUUUUCCAGCACUGAUGAGAUUCAUUUGGACUUUGUUGGUCAUUUAUCCAUCUUAUUAACACCACAAUAAAUAAACAAAGAAAACGGAGCUGUAGAAUGAUACUGCUUGGGUUUGCCAGGUGGGACAGAGAGAAAUAGUGGAAACACAGGUUUUUAGAGAUGCAUUUUACACAACCCAGGUAGAGUCAUGCAUUCUUCUUAGUAGCAACUCUACACCAAUCCCUAUCUCAGGGAUUUUUCCUCAUAAGAUGUUUUGGUUGCACAAUGUGGAACAAAAUGUCAGCAGAUAAACCAUAUGACCAAACGUUUGUGGACACCUGAACAUCACACCAUUAUGUAUUUCUUGAAAAUCUUAUUCCAGAUUUAUUCCCCCUUUUAAGCUCUACUCUUCUGGGAAGGCUUUCCAAUGAAGGGAAAUUGUAAUGCUACAUCAUACAAAGACAUUCCAACUUUGUGGAAACAGCUUAGGGAAGAACCACAUAUGGCCAUUUAUCGUACCUCGUACAUUCAUCUAUUGUAAAAUAUACAACCUAAAUUUUCACUAGUCUCUACAAACCCAAGACAUAUUUCCCAUGACUCCCUAUGAACCAAAUACAUGAUGCAAUUGUUUCUUUCUUACAUUACGACUAGUCUAAUUUGGACACUGUAACACUGUCAAAUGUUUGGAGAAUGUUAGGGACUGGAAUACCUAGUGAGAUACAGCCCCCACUGAAACGAUUGGAAAAGCAAGGCUAACUCAUUUGUUUGUGCUAUACACCAAAAAUUAAAAGAUGGAGAUGAAACGAGAGUUUAGGAUUUCAGCUUCUAUUUCCUGGUAUUUACUAGAUGUGUUAAACAACAUAAAACACAGAACAUUAGAAACCUGCUGCUUUCCUUGGCCGACCUAGUCAGUAUCUGUUGCUCAGUACACCAGUGCUUUCUUUCUUUUUCAGGACAUUCCAGAUUGUUUUCUUGGCAAUUGUUGUGUUGUGUUUGUGCAAUGCUUCUGAUUGAUUUUCCCUCUUUUCUCACCUUCAAAAUGGCUUGCUUUUCUCCUACAGACAGCUCUCUGAUCUCCAUGUUGGUUUAUCCUUUUUAACAACAAAUUCAAUCUCGACAGGUGAAACUGAAGGCUCAAACCAAGAGUAGAUGUUCAGAGCUAUUUAUUAUUUAAGCAAUCAAUCUAACAGGACACACCUGGGUAACAAGAAACACCUGUCAGUCACAUCUUCCAAUAUUUUUGCUCGCCUACAAAUCGGGUGAUCUGAUACAAAAUGUGCUAUGUUCUAUGUCAUUCAACACCUACUUAUAAAUACCAGGAAAUAAAAGCUGAAAUUCUAAACUCUCUCUUCAGUCUACGUACAGCAAAAACAAAUGAUCUGGUUGAUUGUUGUUCCAAUAGUUUCGGAGGGGAUUGUAGCUUUGAGCCUAGACCAUGUUAGACUUUGAUUAUUCUUUGAGUUAUGUUACAUUCAAGCCAUCUUGAUGGAGAGCAAUGACAAUCUUCACAUUGCUCUCCAUUUAUUUCUCUCGCUUCUCAUAUCACUAAUACUUUCUCUGACCCCAAAUUCCACACCCAUCUGGUCUUUAUUUAUCCCCCUUGCUCGCUCUCUCUCUCUCUCUCUCUCUCUCUCUUUUAGUAGAUACAGAUGUGGGCUGUUUAUUAAAGUUAGGCAACAGGAAAUUCCCAGAAUCUUUAGGGGCCCUGAGCUGGAGCAGGAAGAAAAGUGUGCAGAACAUUUAGGGGUAAAAAGUGUCCAAAUACAACAUACUGUACUGCACACCAACUCAACCCUCAACCUUAUAUUAACAUAGAGAGAGAGAGAGAGAGAGAGAGAGAGAGAGACAGAUAGAAGGGGUGUUGUGUUCUUUACUGUGUCUGUUUCCCUCUCAGGAAACGCAUCCUGUUGCUGGAGUUACAUAUUUGUCACAGAGACAGAGAGAGAAAGAGAAAGAGAGGGAGAGAGAGAGAGAGAGAGAGAAAGAGACACUUGGUGACAGAUAAACUGAGGUGCAUUCAUAUUUCAAGUAACAGAACAGGAAGAGAGAACAAGAGAGAGAGCGAAAGAGGGGGAGAGAGAGAGAGAGAGAGAGCCUGUCCUGUCUCUCUGGGAAACAGAGAGGAAAAGAAAAAAAACGCCCCCAACCCCUCCAGCAAGCCCCAACACACAGCUGUACAAGCACAGAGAGAGAUCUAACCACGGAGAGAGAGAUCUGAACAUGGAGAGAGAGAUCUGAACACAGAGAAGGAGAGAUCUGUAUACGGAGAAAGAAAGUGAUCAGAUCACAAAGAAGGAGAGAUCUGAACAAGGAGAGAGAGAGAGAGAGAGAGAGAGAUCUGAUCACAGAAAGCAAUCCAUAGCUGUGCGCAAAUGCAGUUAAAGAGAAUCUGGGAGUGGAGGUUUUAAACCGGAGACAGACGCGUGAUCUUGUGUAUUUGUGUGUGUGAUGGCUGUGAAGCUGAUCGGGAGGAGCGCGAGUGCGUGUGAUGCCCCGGAGAGCGAGGAGGAAGGCUGAGGAUUCCUGAAACUCCUAAAACCCCCCGAAUCACAGACACACACUCUAAUCAUAAUGAGCGGAGAUGUUCUCUAGCUGAGCACUUUUACAGCGUACGAGUCUCCGUUUCACUCCGUGCACGUGUGUGUGUGUGUGUGUGUUGGAGCGCAUGGCCGCGGGCAGGCUGGUGCUGGUGGCCGUUGCCGUGGCGCUGGUGUCACUGGUGCUGAACGUGGUGGCGGCACUGGGCUCAGGCUGGGCUCUGCAGGCGCUGGAGGAUGGCCGCAAACGCAGCGUGGGGCUCUGGAAGGUGUGUACACAGGAUACACAAACGCCGCCACACACACUCGCCACCACCGCACCGUGCCAGAGCCUCGGCUGGGGAGCCGACCUCGCGGGAUACCAGGAGUCACGCAACACCGUCAAACUUCAGUUCGACAUGAUGCGAGCGUGUAACCUGAUGGCGACGGUGUCUCUCACGGUGGGCCAGCUCAUCUUCCUGCUGGGGACUCUGAAGAUAAACUGCAUUACCCAGGAUUCCCCUUGGUGGGAGGAGGCCAUCGCUGCCCUUUUUCAGCUGGCCAGUUUCGUGCUGGUGAUCGGCCUGGUGUCGUUCUACAGGAUCGGGCCGUACACACACCUGUCGUACUCGUGCUACAUGAACAUUGCUGCGUGUCUGUUGGCCACGCUGGCCGCCGCCAUGCUGAUCUGGAACAUUCUGCAUCGCCGUGACGACUGCACGGAACCGCCCGUCAUCGUCAUCAGCCGAUCACUCGCCAUGAACUUCACACCACGCAUGGACAAUGAAUACGUGGAGUCACCGUGCUGACACACGAGCGAGAGGACUUCAAAGACAAUGUGGAGCUCUUGAGACUGACCCCCCCCCCCCCCCACACACACACACACACACACCUGCUUGAAUUUAAAACUUUUAAAAAGAUACAAGACAUAUUACUAGCUAACAUUAUUUAUCCCACAGCGCAGCUGAGUUCUGGAUUCUGAUUGGUGAGAAGGUGCUGAUUAAUUCUCUAUAACAGCAGCUCGAACACAUCGGAGGUUUAUAUUAAUGCGCUCGGCCUAAUGCGCUAUUGUUGCUAUAGCAACAGCAUCUUGAUAUACAGGGACGUGUACAGCGGACGCUCCACAUAAACAGAUUUAAAAUCGUUGUUAUGGUGAAGUUUACUUCCAAAGUUAUUCCCGGGUAUGGAAAUGUUUCUGUAACAUGUAAGGAAGGAGUCUCCAGUGUCAGAAGUUUUGUGACAGUCAGAGGUAAAGCUGUAACUUUAAGUUUUCCCACAUCCUCAGGACAGAGGAGUUCUAAAGUACACUUCUAAAGAGAGAGAAUAAAGAGAGAGAAUAAAGAGAGGGCCGGUGAGGGAACGACUGUUUACAGCUGCUAUAACGCAAAUGAGAACAGGAACAUUACAUGUAACUAUAAACGGGUAAAAACUCUAAUAAAACACUUGGAUGUUCUGUUAUAGGAAAAUAAAGUACUCUGGGGUGGUAAGAGUAACUUUGCUUCAUCACAACACACCGUCACUCACACACUCACACACACACACACACACACAGUGUUUAUUACUUACAUAACUUAUGCAGUAUAUAAUAUUUAUAAAUUAUAACGAUUUUGGAUAGUAACAGUUCUUACCAGAGGACAAUGUAGAACACAAAUCACACAAAUGUGGCCUUCUAGUGUGAGCAGAGGCUAAAACAUAUCAAGCAGGCAGACACACACACACACACACAAAUCAGGAGGACCUUGCUCAUGACGUGGAACCGUCGCUGGAGUCGUUCUUGAGAAAACACCAUGUGGACUGAACUGAACUCUGGAGAGACUCUGAUCUUAUCCUGAAUGCUAGCUGAGCUUCUUCACAGAUAUACUGUAUAUCAACACUGCUUCUCUCUCUCUCUCUCUCUCUCUCUCUCUCUCACACACACACACACACACACAGCACCAGGACAGCUGAAGUGACCGCAUUACACUGUAUAACUUGAUCACAAAUCAAGCUGGAUCUUGACUUUAAUCUUAUCUCUACACUCACACAGUGUUUAUACACACACACACACACACACACACACACACACACAGUACUGUGUGUAGACAAUAAUUCAGAUUUAGGAAGGAAUUUAUCAUUUAUAAUUUGGUACCAAAAAGAGUGUGUGAAGUCAGUGGUGUGGUUUCUAACACUUCCUUGUCCACUGUAGGAGAUCACUAACAGAGUGUAGAUCUUUACAGAAGGUCAGUAAUGUAGAGGCAGAGAGGGAGGGAGGCGUCUCAUCACUAGUCGGCUUAUGGUACCUGUAUUUAACUCUAUAGAGUUGUGUUGAGUAUAUUAUAGAAUUUUAAUCAAGAUAAUAUCACAUGUAUACACCGGCACUCUAUACGCCCAGUCACCUUUAGCCUGAUCAGGACUAAAUACUCCUUAGUAAUGACACAGUAUUAAAAUAAUAAUAAUAAUAAUAAUAAUAAUA